UACAAUCUAAGGUUAAGAUUCUGUGGUACUGUAUCUUUACCUUCAAAAAAUGAAGGCGCUGGAACUUUUCCCUACCUUCAUUCUUCUUUAUUUAGCUAGCCAGUUCAUUGGCUCAUCAGAUACCUUCAAUGGCACAAGUCUCAGACUGGUGAAUGGAGCCAACAACUGCUCUGGGCGAGUGGAGGUAUUUUAUGCAGGCCAGUGGGGGACAGUAUGUGAUGAUGGCUGGGGAGUACCCGAAGCCCGGGUUGUGUGCAGGGAGAUAGGCUGUGGGGCUCCCUUAGCUGCAACUAGUCAAGCUCAGUUUGGAGAAGGCUCCGGUAUCAUCCUUUUAGAUGAUGUGGCUUGUGCCGGAACUGAAACAUCUCUUCUAGACUGCCCUUCAAGUGCCCGAGGAUAUCACAACUGUGACCAUUCUGAAGAUGCUGGUGUCAUUUGUUCAGUGCUAUAUGAUCCUGGAUAUAAUGGGUCCCGUGUCCAACUGGCAAAUGGAAACAACUGUUCAGGGAGAGUGGAGGUGCAUCACGCAGGCCAGUGGGGCACAGUGUGCCAUCUUGACUGGAGCAUUGAUGAUGCAGAAGUGGUAUGUAAAGAGCUCGGCUGUGGCAACGCUCUGUCUCCAACAGGGAGAGCUUGGUUUGGGGCAGGCAGCGGCCCCAUCUGGCUCAGUGCUGUCAUGUGUGCUGGAACUGAGCCCUCUCUGUUGGCUUGCAAUUCUGGAGGCCUUGGUGGCCAUAGCUGCACUCACAAUGAAGACGCUGGCGUCAUCUGUUCAGGUAAGAACGGCCCCAGUUCCUUCCAAAUGCCAAUGCUCACACUCUCAGACGGGCCGGACAGGUGCUCCGGGAGAGUGGAGGUACAGCUUGGUGGAUACUGGGGGACGGUGUGCAGUAGCCUGUGGGACAUGAAGGAUGCUGAGGUUGUCUGCAGGCAGCUUGGAUGUGGUAGUGCCCUGUUUGCCCCAUUGUGGUCAGCCUACGGUGAAGGAACUGGCCCUAUACUCAUGAAUAACGUUGUUUGCACUGGGACUGAGGAUGUUCUGCUAAAAUGCAGACACCUUGGUCCUGGACUCAACUACUGUGACCAUCGUCAUGAUGCCAGUGUGGCAUGUUCAGGGCCUUCUGAUACCUCAGACACCUAUAAUGGCCCCAGAGUUCGACUCGUCAGUGGGUGGGACAGAUGUUCAGGGAGAGUGGAGGUGUAUGCCGCACACCAGUGGGGCACAGUGUGUGGUUAUGGCUGGGACCUGAAAGAUGCUGAUGUUGUGUGCCAACAGCUUGGCUGUGGAGCGGCUGUGUCUGCUUCGGAGUGGGCAGAGUUUGGUCCAGGCUUUGGCCUGAUAGCACUAGUGGACGUUGGAUGUUCAGGGAAUGAGUCCUCGUUAUUUGACUGCAAAUCUGGAGACCUGCAGACAUAUUUAUGUCUUCACUACUUUGAUGCUAAUGUGGUUUGUGCAGGUCAAAAGACAACAGACAAAUACAAUGGCACUCGUGUCAGAUUGGUCAAUGGGUCCCACAACUGCUCUGGGAGAGUGGAGGUCUAUCAUCGUGGCCACUGGGGAACUGUAUGCAGCAAUUACUGGGACUUAGCCGAUGCUAAUGUGGUGUGCAGAGAGGUGGGCUGUGGAAGGGCUCUGUCUGCACAUUACUUUGCCGACUUUGGAAGAGGUUCUGGUGCAAUCGUGUUAGAUGAUGUGCACUGCGCCGGAACUGAAUCAUCCCUCUUAAACUGUAGAGCACGAGAAAUAGGAAACCACAACUGUGAUCAUGAACUGGAUGCUGGUGUCAUCUGUGCAGAUCCAUACAAUAAAACAAAAGUGAGGCUGGUCAAUGGGAACAAUAAUUGCUCUGGAAGAGUGGAGGUCUACCAUUAUGGCACAUGGGGGACAGUGUGUGAUGAUGGCUGGGAUGUGUCAGAUGCCCAGGUGGUCUGUCAAGAGCUGGGCUGUGGUGAUGCUCUGUCUGCCCCAGGAAAAGCCACAUUUGGGAGAGGGACUGGCCCAAUCUUUUUAGAUGAUGUUCACUGUAAUGGGAUGGAGUCAUCACUCCUGAACUGUGUUUCUGAUGGUAUGGCAACUCACAACUGCCAACACAACGAAGAUGCUGGAGUUGUCUGUUCAGAUGGCGCCACAGUCAGACUGGUCAAUGGAAAUAACAGGUGUGCUGGGAGGGUGGAGGUUCGUCACAAUGGCCAGUGGGGGACAGUGUGUGAUGACUACUGGGACAUCAGAGAUGCGCAUGUUGUUUGUCAAGAGCUGGGAUGUGGCUAUGCUCUGUUUGCCCCUGGUUGGGCUGCCUAUGGAGAAGGAACUGGCCCAAUCACUCUGGAUGAUGUGGCCUGCACUGGGUCGGAGACAUCACUGCUGAACUGUGGACACUCUGGCCUGGGCCGCCACAACUGUUACCAUUUCGAAGAUGCCAGUGUGGUGUGUUCAGAUUCUGCGAUGGAUUCACAUAGAAACACUGGCCCCAGAGUCCGCCUGGUCAAUGGGAAUUCCAGCUGCUCAGGGCGAGUAGAGGUUUACUAUGCCGGCCAGUGGGGGACUGUGUGUGACGACAGCUGGGGCCUGAACGACGCUCACGUCGUGUGUGGGGAGGUGGGCUGUGGGAGGGGCUUGUCGGCUCCAGGCUUCGCAGAGUUUGGAAUGGGCAUCGGCCUUAUAAUGCUGGACGACGUUCAGUGUCUGGGGAACGAGACCUCGCUGUUCAACUGCAGAGCGACACAACUGGGCCUGCAUAACUGUCACCAUCUCGAGGACGCCAGUGUGGUUUGUUCAGGCCCAGUAUACGUCAGGCUGGUGGGGGGCAGUGACAGGUGCAAUGGGAGAGUGGAGGUGUAUCAUUCGGGAGUGUGGGGGACGGUGUGUGACCACGCAUGGAAUGUGGACACCGCUCAGGUGGUCUGCAGGGAGCUGGGCUGUGGACAUGCCUUAUUAGCCCCUGGAGCUGCCACCUUUGGGCAAGGCACGGGCCACAUUUGGCUGGAUGACGUUUCGUGCACUGGCUCGGAGACCUCACUGCUGCAGUGUGGAAACAGGGGCUUUGGAGUCCAUAACUGUGCCCACAGUGAUGAUGCUGGAGCGGUCUGUUCAGAACUGAAAGCAAUGAUUACAUUGUUGAGACAGAAUGUUGUUACUGCAUUACUACCACAACCAAUUAAGUCCUUGGUUUCAAAGACUUCGAGAGUAUCAUUUCAACAACUUGAAGACAUGCAGUGUCUUGUACCCAAAACUCUCUGCACCCUAUUUCUGCUGUGUCUUGUCAACACGUCAUUUGGCAUAACAGCUAGCAACAAUGGAACACGAGUCAGGCUGGUGAAUGGAGCCAACAACUGCUCUGGGAGGGUGGAGGUCUAUAAUGCAGGCCAGUGGGGCACAGUGUGUGAUGAUUACUGGGACAUAGUAGAUGCCAGUGUUGUGUGCAGAGAGCUGGGCUGUGGGAGAGCUUUGUCUGCACUCCAGUAUGCAGCAUUUGGUCAGGGCACUGGUCUUAUCUUUUUAGACAAUGUGAACUGUAUUGGAAAUGAAUCAUCACUUUUAAACUGUUCAUACCCAGGCAUAGGAGUACAUGACUGCAGUCACUAUGAAGACGCUGCUGUCAUCUGCUCAGGACCAACAGAAUACAAUGAAACACGAGUCAGGCUGGUGAAUGGAGCCAACAACUGCUCUGGGAGAGUGGAAGUCUAUGUAGGAGGCUACUGGGGCACAGUGUGUAGUGAUUACUGGGAUAUGGCAGAUGCCAGUGUUGUGUGCAGAGAGCUGGGCUGUGGAAGAGCUUUGUCUGCACUCCAGUAUGCACCAUUUGGCCAAGGAUCUGGUCCCAUAUUUUUAGACAAUGUGAACUGUAUUGGAAAUGAAUCAUCUCUAUUGAAUUGUUCAUCCCCAGGCCUGGGAGUACACAACUGUUACCAUUUUCUAGACGCUGCUGUCAUCUGCUCAGGACAAACAGAAUACAAUGGAACACGAGUCAGGCUGGUGAAUGGAGCAAACAACUGCUCUGGGAGAGUGGAGGUCUAUGCAGGAGGCUACUGGGGCACAGUGUGUGAUGAUUACUGGGACAUAGCAGAUGCCAGUGUUGUAUGCAGGGAGCUGGGCUGUGGAAGAGCUGUGUCUGCACUCCAGUAUGCACCAUUUGGCCAAGGAUCUGGUCCUAUAUUUUUAGACAAUGUGAACUGUAUUGGAAAUGAAUCAUCACUAUUAAACUGUUCAUCCCCAGGCCUGGGAGUACAUGACUGCAGUCACUAUGAAGACGCUGCUGUCAUCUGCUCAGGACCAACAGAAUACAAUGGAACACGAGUCAGGCUGGUGAAUGGAGCCAACAACUGCUCUGGGAGAGUGGAGGUCUAUGUAGCAGGCUACUGGGGCACAGUGUGUAGUGAUUACUGGGACAUAGUAGAUGCCAGUGUUGUGUGCAGAGAGCUGGGCUGUGGAAGAGCUGUAUCUGCACUCCAGUAUGCACCAUUUGGCCAAGGAUCUGGUCCUAUAUUUUUAGACGAUGUCAACUGUAAUGGAAAUGAAUCAUCUCUAUUGAAUUGUUCAUCCCCAGGCCUGGGAGUACACAACUGUUACCAUUUUCUAGACGCUGCUGUCAUCUGCUCAGGAAGAACGAAAGUCAGGCUGGUCAAUGGGCACAACAACUGCUCUGGAAGAGUGGAGGUCUACUAUUAUGGCACAUGGGGGACAGUGUGUGAUGACGGCUGGGAUGUGUCAGAUGCCCAGGUGGUCUGUCGAGAGCUGGGCUGUGGUAAUGCUCUGUCUGCGCUAAGUGGAGCAACAUUUGGGCAAGGAACAGGUCCCAUCUUCUUCGAUGAUGUGCACUGCACUGGAAAUGAAUCAUCACUGCUUAAUUGUUGGUCUGUUGGACUGGCCUCUCAAAACUGCCAGCACAAUGAAGACGCUGGUGUCGUCUGUUCAGAUGGCGCCACAGUCAGACUGGUCAAUGGAAAUAACAGGUGUGCUGGGAGGGUGGAGGUUCGUCACAAUGGCCAGUGGGGGACAGUGUGUGAUGACUACUGGGACAUCAGAGAUGCGCAUGUUGUUUGUCAAGAGCUGGGAUGUGGCUAUGCUCUGUUUGCCCCUGGUUGGGCUGCCUAUGGAGAAGGAACUGGCCCAAUCACUCUGGAUGAUGUGGCCUGCACUGGGUCAGAGACAUCACUGCUGAACUGCGGACACUCUGGCCUGGGCCGCCACAACUGUUACCAUUUCGAAGAUGCCAGUGUGGUGUGUUCAGAUUCGUCCACUCUUUCAGGACCUUAUACUGGCCCCAGAGUCCGCUUGGUCAAUGGGAAUUCCAACUGCUCAGGGCGAGUGGAGGUUUACUAUGCCGGCCAGUGGGGGACUGUGUGUGACGACAGCUGGGACCUGAACGCCGCUCACGUCGUGUGUGGGGAGGUGGGCUGUGGGAGGGGCUUGUCGGCUCCAGGAUUCGCAGAGUUUGGAAUGGGCAUCGGCCUGAUAAUGCUGGACGACGUUCAGUGUCUGGGGAACGAGACCUCGCUGUUCAACUGCAGAGCGACACAACUGGGCCUGCAUAACUGUCACCAUCUCGAGGACGCCAGUGUGGUUUGUUCAGGCCCAGUAUACGUCAGGCUGGUGGGGGGCAGUGACAGGUGCAAUGGGAGAGUGGAGGUGCAUCAUUCGGGAGUGUGGGGGACGGUGUGUGACCACGCAUGGAAUGUGACCACUGCUCAGGUGGUCUGCAGGGAGCUGGGCUGUGGACAUGCCUUAUUAGCCCCUGGAGCUGCCACCUUUGGGCAAGGCACGGGCCACAUUUGGCUGGAUGACGUUUCGUGCACUGGCUCGGAGACCUCACUGCUGCAGUGUGGAAACAGGGGCUUUGGAGUCCAUAACUGUGCCCACAGUGAUGAUGCUGGAGCGGUCUGUUCAGGAGCAUGAAUUAAAUGCUGGUAUCCAAACAUUCUAUAGGUCUGCAUAAUCAAAGAAGCUGACUUACUGAAAUCAGAAACCUUCAUGUCCUUCAUUAGUUAUAGAAAAUGCAAUGGACAUUUUUAAUGGAAAAGAUUUCCCUUAAAUAUAGAGUAAAGUAAAUUGUAGCUGAGAAAAAAGUUCUGAAUAUCAUGUUUUUUUUUCUUUCCUGUCCUGAGAAAUGGACAAACAGCAUUUAUUCUUUAGAAGCCAUCUAGUAAUCUUUUUAUUGUCUUUUUAAGUAUUUUCUCUUAAAAACCUACAUUAAACUUGAUUCUAAAGCA